AUGUCAAGUUCUUCUAUGAAUGGCGCUCGCAAGACAUCAUCUCGAUCUACUCAUGCGCAAGCCAUCUUGGGUCCCGAGCUUUGUGGGAGGUUGUCUGAAACGAAAGUUCUUCUGGUUGGGGCAGGAGGAAUAGGAUGCGAACUUUUGAAGAAUAUCGUCUUGACUGGCUUCGGCCACAUAACCCUCCUUGACCUAGACACCAUAGACCUUUCGAACCUGAACAGGCAAUUCCUUUUCAAAAAGAAAGAUAUCAAGCAUAGCAAAGCCAUGGUAGCAGCCCAAACUGCUGGCGCUUUCAACCCCAACGUCAACAUUCAUCCCAUUCAUGCAAACAUAAAAGAAGCACAAUUUGACAUUGAAUGGUUCGGUGGUUUCGACAUCGUUCUGAAUGCACUAGACAAUCUCGAUGCGCGAAGACACGUUAAUAAAAUGUGUAUGGCUGCCGGUGUUCCUCUAGUCGAAUCUGGCACUGCCGGAUACCUCGGUCAAGUGCAGCCUUUACUCAAGGAUCGCACAGAAUGCUUUGACUGUGUGCCGAAGCCCACACCGACGACUUUCCCGGUGUGCACGAUCCGGUCCACACCGUCUCAACCUAUUCACUGCAUUGUCUGGGCAAAGAGUUAUCUACUACCACAACUGUUUGGUGAGGACGAAGAUGGGACAGAUGAACUCGAUGAAGCGGAGAAGCAAGGGGAAAACGCCGAAGAAAUCGCUGCUCUACGCAAAGAGGCGAUCGCGUAUAAAGCAGUUCGAAGUGCACUCCGCUCAGCACAGACAACGGAGGACGUGGCUCAACGUGUCUUCAAGAAGGUUUUCCACUCGGAUAUCCUCAAUCUGUUAUCAAUGUCUGAUAUGUGGCGCGCACGUGCGGCACCAACGCCUCUUGAUUUCAGCGCUAUCCAGGAAGGAAGAUUUUUCAUACAACGACCUUCGAACUCGAGUACGACUACCGGGAGCGCACAGAUUAUGCACUUCCAGCCAGCAAACGGCCAUGUGAACGGAAAGACCCCUUCGACGUCUUCGUCGUCUAGUUCGUUGAACGGUGUUUCGGGACUAAGGGAUCAACGGGCACUCAGUUUGCACGACACCUUGGAGCUUUUCAUAUCAAGUACCAAUCGACUUGCCGAGCGGCUUCGCAAAGGUGAAGAUACAAUUUCCUUCGACAAAGAUGACGACGAUACACUCGAUUUCGUUACCGCUGCUGCAAAUCUUCGUUCUGCGGCAUAUUAUAUCGAUCGCAAGACACGUUGGGAAAUUAAAGAAAUGGCAGGAAAUAUUAUCCCCGCGAUUGCAACCACCAACGCCAUCAUUUCCGGCCUCAUAGUUUUGCAAGCAGUCCAUCUCCUUCGCAAAUCAUACGCGCAACUGCGCAAUGUCCACGUGCAGUUCAAGCCAACCAAUCCUCUCAGCACCAGUACUAUGUGCCCACCGAAUCCUAAAUGCGGCGUCUGCCGAGAUACCUACACCAAAGUUUUGUGCGACCCUGCUCGUGUAACAUUAAGUGAACUUGUAGAUGGCGUACUCGGCAGUGAUAAAAGGGAGGUUAGUGUCUACGAAGACAAGCGUGUCCUCAGCGAUCCCGACUGGGACGAUAAUCUUGAACGGACACUGGAGAGUUUGAAUGUUGGAAGAGGCAAGUUCUUGACAAUCGUGGAUGAAGAGGAGGAGUGGGGAACGAUUGUAGUUGCGUUGAGCAUACUACCACCUAAUCAUCCUUCUGAUGGUCCGGCGUACAUACUUCCGUCACCACUGCCAUCGCCUCCUCGUCUAGAGAAGCAGCAAUCGACACCCCCUCCUGUGCCAUCUCGCAAACGGUCCGCCCCAGAUGACAAAAUUGUGGAAGUCGGGCCGUCCGCCAAACGCGCAAAGACAGAUACAAAUGGCGCAGCAUCGAUACCGGAUAUCGCGAGUCCUAACAAGAGAAGGAGGUUAGAAGAGGACGGGCUGUUGAUAUUGAGCAGCAAGGAUGACAAGAUAGAGGACGACGUGAUUGAAAUCGAUUGA